AUGUGGAGUGCGCUCCGAACACCACCGGCGCAGUGCCUUCGAGCUCCCGGUCGAGCUCUCGCCAGCUCACUUCGCGGCCGACCCAACCCCCGAGGCCCCCGAAAUUCCAUACGCAGGCCAGAGCCCAUCAGAAGAGACGUCCCAGCGUCGCGAGCGCCUGAACCCAGCAAUACAGAGACAUCUCCCGAAAAUCCCACGCCUCAAUAUGACCCCUCCCAGAACACCCUACUCGCCCCAGUUCACAUCCCCGAAGACCCUCAUGGCGUGAUAAAAGAGACGCACCCGGCGACGGGUAUCCUCGCCAACUCAGGUCUGGUGGUGCAGCGGCAGUUGGAGCUCAUGAAUGUGAUGAUUGGAUUCGAACAAGCCAACAAAUACGUCAUUAUGGAUGCCAACGGCAACCAUAUUGGCUAUAUGGCGGAGCAGGAGAAAGGCAUGGUGAACAUGAUGGCGCGACAAUCGUUCCGAACGCAUCGAAGCUUCGUGACGCAUGUGUUUGACAAGCAUGAGAAUGAAGUGCUUCGGGUAGGGGACUCGAAUGCUCGGGUUUCAUCCUUGGGCUUGGAUGAAAUACGGGUUAUCGGAGAGGCUCAGCAACAAUGGGCUCCACUACGGCGGAAAUACAACCUCUUCACGUAUCACCACUCGCCAAAUCCAGCGACAGAGAUGAAAACAGAGAAGCUACCGCUUAACCAGAUGGAUUUGUCUAAUAAGCAGCAAAUGCAGCUGGUCCAAUCAUCUCAGAGUGGCCAAGAAACGGGCGAAUAUCACCAAUUCGCCUACGUGGACGAGCCUUUCUUGUCGUGGGAUUUUGGUCUACGCUCGGCUGACAAACAGCUGAUCGGCUCUGUGAAUCGCAACUUUGCCGGGUUUGCCCGGGAAAUCUUCACGGAUACGGGUGUCUAUGCUCUGCGAAUGGACUCUGCUUCUCCCAGCGAAGAGUUCCUCGACAAGAACCGUGCGGCUACUGGGAUGACAUUCGACCAGCGUGCCGUGAUGCUGGCAACCGCUGUGAGCAUUGACUUUGACUACUUUAGUCGCCAUAGCAACUCGGGUGGAUUUGGUUUCAUGCCUCUCUGGAUCCCUGGAUUUGGUGGUGAGGCAGCUGCUGGGGGUGCUGCCGGGGGCGCAGCAGCCGGUGAAGCAGGUGCCGUGGGGGAAGCGGCCGCGGGAACUCUUGGUCGGGCUGGGGCAGCCGGUGGAAUGGCUGAUGGCGCUGCAGCAGGUGCAGCAGGUGCGGGCGCAAUGGCUGGCUACGAAGCCAUGUCCCGUGGGAUGGGAGGCAGCCAGCCUGCUCCCGAUCAGCAAGCGGCACCUGUAGACCAACAGCCACCGACGCCAGGUCAAACGGGUCCGUAUGGAGAUGUCUGGGGGGAAGAGUCCGAGAACCCAUGGGGAAAGGAGCCUGAGAACACAUGGGGCCAGGAAGAGGAUCCGUGGGCAGAUGAAGCCGACGAGGGCGAGGGAGGCGAUGAUUUCGAUUGGUUUUAA